GCACAUGUUUUUUAUUCUGGACAUCUGGACAAAAGCCACACUUAUGUAGAAUACAUGCACCCUUUCUAUGUCAAAACGUAACUCAGUCAUCAUGUGGGAAUUGAAAAUAAAUAAAUAAAUAAAUAAAUAAAUAAAUAAUGUAUCUGAUAUUAACCUAAAAUGAAUUUUAAUGAAUUCCCACUGAGCAUCAUCACGUUCAGGGGGAAAAAAAACGUGCAGCCGCAGGGUCCGUUACAAACUUUCCACCAAUCACAACGCAGCGUCGCUGCGACGUCACAUGAGCAACACGGGAGCUCCUCCUCGUUGAAAAACAUGUUGCCCUUGGUUACGAACUUUCCACCAAUCACAGCCAAGCAAAGCGACAUGGAGGCUCGAGCUGCGCCGUGAUUUUAAGGGAAAAGCAAAAAAACAAACAGCUUUAAACCGGUUUAUUCGGUUUCUGUCAGGAAAUUAGAAAAUUUCCCGAUUAGUAAGUGAGAGUAAUGACAAUGCUGGGUAUGUACGUGCCAGACAGGUUCGCUCUGAAGUCCUCCAAAGUCCAGGACGGAGUCGGUUUGUACACUGCGAGACGAGUCAAGAAGGUUUGUUUUGGGGGAAAAAACAUUAAAGAAGCCAAACUGACAGAAAACUCAGGCUUUUUUAUUUAUUUUUUUACAGCGAACGAAUCUUUCUGUUGCGUUUAUUAAUGUAACAUCUUCUAAUCUCGUCCACAUGUCACGCUAAUGCCUUUUCACGUUUCUGUAACCGUGAGGUGCCACGUAUAUAGCCGAGGUAACGCUGGAACCGAGGCCGUAUCUCAAACCGGUCCGUCCUCCCUUCACACGCGCACUACCCAGGGUACGGCGGAAGGGCUGCACGCGCGCAUCUAGUGCACUAGGGAGGCAAUGUGGCGCGGUUUGGAAGUUUCCCUGGUUACCUUUAUUAGGGAGAGAAGUUCGGCCCGUUCGCCGGAGAGAAGAGGAUGCCUGGAGAUCUAGACAAGAGCAUGGACCCGAGGCUGAUGUGGGAGGUCCGAGGGAACCGAGGUGACGUGCUGUACAUACUGGAUGCCAGCAACCCUCGACAUGCUAACUGGCUACGCUUCGUUCACCAGGCACCGUCUCAGGAGCAGAAGAACCUGGCUGCCAUCCAGGACGGGGAGAAUAUCUUUUACCUCGCCGUUGAUGACAUAGAGACAGAUACAGAGCUCCUCAUCGGCUACCUGGACAGCGACAUGGAGGAGGAAGAGGAGGACGAGAUGGUCAAAGAUGAAGAGGAGGACAGCAAAGAGGCCAAGAACGUCAGCACGCAACCAGAGUCAUCAAUAAAGCAGGAGGAUCACCCGUGUCUGCUGUGUGAGAGCAGUUUCCCCAGUGAGGAGGUUCUGGCUGAACACCUCCAGAGUUUACACCAGAGAGCCAGCGCAGAGGACAAAGAGUUCAAGUGUCGCAACUGUGGCAAAGAGUUCCCCGUCAAACAGGCACUGCAGCGCCACGUUCUCCACUGCACUGAGAGUUCUUCAGCCGGAGAUGCUUCCCGAGUUCACCAGUGUGCUCUUUGUCACUGCUCCUUCAGCUCGGUGUCAAGCUUUGAACAGCACAAGGAGGCCUGUAAAGGAGAAGCCAGGUUUAUCUGUAAGGCCGAGAGCUGCGGAAAGAGAUUCAAGAGCAAAGAUGCGCUGAAGAAGCACAAAAGCAACGUUCACACAGGCAGCACUCGGAGGAAGCUCAUAUGCACCAUCUGCAAUAGAAAAUGCUCAUCUUCAGUCAACCUGCAGGAGCACCGCAAGAUCCAUGAGAUAUUCGACUGUCCUGCAUGUGACAAGAAGUUCAUCUCCACCAAUCAGCUGAAGCGUCAUAUGAUCACUCAUUCAGAGAAGCGACCCUACACCUGUGAGAUCUGCAACCGCAGCUUUAAGCGCUUGGACCAGGUGACGGCUCAUAAAAUCAUCCACAGCGAAGACAAACCGUACAAGUGUAAGCUGUGCUGGAAAGAGUUCGCUCACCGCAAUGUCUACAAGAACCACAAGAAGACACACUCGGAGGAAAGGCCUUUCCAAUGUGAGGAGUGUAAGGCUCUGUUCCGGACGCCGUUCUCCCUCCAGCGCCAUCUCCUCAUCCACAACAGUGAGAGGACGUUCAAGUGCGACCAGUGCGACGCCACGUUUAAGCGCAAGGACACGCUGAACGUACACAUACAGGUGGUGCAUGACGGACACAAGAAGUACAAGUGUGACCUGUGCGAGAAAGCCUUCGUCACGCCGUCCGUGCUCAAGAGCCACAAGAAGACUCACACCGGCGAGAAGGAGAAGAUCUGUCCGUACUGUGGUCAGAAGUUCGCCAGCAACGGGACCCUGAGGGUGCACAUUCGCAGCCAUACAGGUGAACGCCCUUACCAGUGCCCGUACUGUGACAAGGCCUUCAGCAAGAAUGACGGGUUGAAGAUGCACAUACGCACACACACUCGGGAGAAGCCGUAUAAAUGCAGCGAGUGCAACAAGGCCUUCAGUCAGAAGCGAGGUCUGGAUGAACACAUGCGCACACACACCGGAGAGAAGCCAUUCCAAUGUGAUGUUUGCGAUCUGUCGUUCAGUCUGAAGAAGAUGUUGAUCCGCCACAAGCUCACCCACAACCCCAACCGGCCCAUGGCUGAGUGCUCGCUGUGCCACAAGAAGUUUACUCGCAACGACUACCUCAAAGUGCACAUGGAGAACGUCCACGGAGAGACGGAGGGCUAGAGCCAGGUCACACGGACACGGAUAGAUACGGACCAUCUCUCUCUCUCUCUCAAACACACACACACACACACACACACACACACACACACACACACACACACACACACACACUGCAAAAAGUGACAGCAACUGAAAAUAUUCUCAACAUCUAAUAUUUCCUAUUGUAAGAACACACAAAGCCAAAUAUUUGAUUAUUAACCUUUCUAGACAUUUUUUUGCCAACCUUGAAAUCCUUUUGUACAAUUAACAGAUAUUAAAAAAAAUAUUGUAAACAUUUAUUUAUAUAAAAAAACAAACAUCUAUUUAAAUUUUUUUUUUUACUAUAAUAAUCUUAUAAUAAGAAAUGGGAGAUAGAUGUGUCUGCAUUGAGGAUAUUUUCACUUGUGAAAAAGUCAUCAUUCUUUUUUUUUUGUAGUGAAUCAUACAGUGUUGCAUUGCAUCAGUAUUAAAAGGCGAUUAUUAAAACGUAGCCCAAACCGUCUGUGAACAGUUUUAAUGUUACAGCUUUACAGCGCAAGACAAUCAGGCGGAUAUUUUAUUUUUUUUUACCAGUGAGCCUCAAUCUUAGUUUCAGCUAAAAACAAGAAAUUAAAAUAGACACGAACUUCCCCGCAGAUGCAGUCACUCAGCUAAAGACUCUCAAAUCUGAUUGGUCAGAAGGUGAGCUAACAUUUAUAUAACUAUAAACUGUUCAAAUGGAGCAGAAUUCCGAUCGAUUCGGCCGUAAAGCGCGACGUCAAAAGAAUACAUAUAUAACGUGACCAAAUAACAUAAUGUAAUAACAAGCUAGUCAUCUAGUGCUAAACAUAACCGUACCUUAAAAGUGUGUUGUUCCUUAAUAACAUUUAUUUAAGAACAAAAGACACACUUUUAAUUGUUUAUACUCGAUUAUAAUGUUGCAGAACAUUUAUUUACGUUAGCUCACCUACGGACCAAUCAGAUCAUUGCAUCACCAGAGGGAACCGAAUGCCGUGGAUGAAAAGAUACGGUGCUGAGGACGAUUUAUACUGUAAGUAGACGCUGAGCAGACAAUUCCAUCCCAACUCGUCUCGUUUCUUUUUUCCGAUGAAAACUCGAUCCCUGUUCUCUUCACGGAAUGCUGAAAAACAGCGUACAAAAAAUAAGUAUUUUCAAAAAAGUCGUUUCCUUUUUUUUUUUUUUUUCAUUCUUUAUUCAUCAGUCAAUGUCAAUUAAAAAUAACUUGAACGUAAGAACAUUUUCUUUAUUCUGGAAAUUGUCAGGAAACGUGACGAGCUGUCGGACAUGUUAAUUACGUUCUAAUAACCACAAGUUUUUAUUCCUCUUUCAUUCCAUGGAAAAAUUCAAAGAUCCCACUUUUAAAUUUAUUUUAAAAGACACCGGUUUCAUCCAUGUAUCGUUCUGCUGAGAUUUUUUCACAUUAUAAAGUUUCUCCACGUUUCGUCCCCAGGGACAAACAUCACGAGGGUAACGCGAUACGAAGACGACUCUGUUGUGUUCUGCAGUGUUUAUGUUACACUCGUUACGAGGUACAGAUACAUUCCUUUAUAAAAACGUCAGUAUUUUUGUAUCUUAUGCUUAUUGUUAUUUUUAUUACUGUUAUUAGAAUUCUAUAGAG